GAUGGCAGAGUUGUCUUAUAUUGAGAUGUAUAUAGGACGUAAAGUCUUGGAGGGAAAUAACGUUGCACUCAAGAAGUAUAUGCAUCCUGAUCCCGUAAUUGAUUGUAAAACAAACUUUGUAUUACUCACCGACACCGACAGAAAAAGUAUCAAGGGUAAAGACCUUACUGAUAAGAAUGACACAAUAUUGAAGAAAGCAAUAUCCAAAGGUGCUAAAGGUUACACAGAUUUUAAAGAGCGUCUUAGAAAGACUCGGCAAAGAGAUUUGCUAGAGCUGAUCGUUUGUGCAGAGAAUGGACGCGACACAAAAGAGAUAGAGGAUCGGCUUGAGAAAAUUGCGGCGUUACGUCUAGGAAAUUUGAAGCACAAAUGUGAAGAACUGGAGAUGAAAGAGUCGUCUAAUAUUGAUAUGCAUAUGGGACGUCAAGUGAUAAAUAGGAAAUAUGAUGCACUCAAGAAGUAUAUGCAUCCUGAUCCCGUAGUUGAUUGUAAAACAGACUUCGUAUUACUAACCGACACAGACAGAAAAAGUAUCAAGAGUUAUAACCUUACUGAUAAGAUUGACACAAUAUUGAAAAAAGUAAUAUCCAAAGGUGCUAAAGGUUACACAGAUUUUAAAGAGCGUCUAAGAAAGACUAGGCAGACUGAAUUGUUAGAUUUGAUCGUGUGUGCAGAAAAUGGACAGCAAACAAAAAAGACAGAGGAUCGGCUUGCAGGGUAUAUCAAGCAUAAACUAGCUGUACAAUCUACAGUACUAGAAAUGGACGUUUGGCGAAAAGUCUUCGAUCAAAGCACGGGGAAACUUAAAACAUAUCUCAUCCCCGAUGAAAUCAUUCACCUGGACACAGGGUUCGAAUUAUUCUCCUUCACUGACAUACGGGACAUAAAGGAAGAGACGAAUACAACAAAGAAAAACGAAGUUAUUUUGACAAAAGUAAGAUCCAAAGGCGUUUUUGCUUACAUACACUUCAAAGAACUUCUUAAAAUAACAAAUCAGAGCAAACUUGCAGACCUUUUGACUUAUACAGAGAGGGGAUUAAAUACAGAGGAGAUAGAACAACAACUUGACAAAAUGUUAGAAGAACAAAUAACACGUACGGUAUAUGAUAAACAAAAAAGAGAUGAAACAAGGCAGGACAUACAGAAUAAUGGAAACAUUUUUCAGAGGUUUUUUGAGAGGAUACGUUAUCAUCUGAUGAAAACAA